AGCAUUUCACACUGUGACAGAGCCUGUGCGUGACAGAAAGAGAAGAAUGGAGAAGUCCAGGAAAAAAUUUACUGAUACUGUAGAAAAGGCAAUACUUGCUGCUAACACAAUGGCUCGUGACGAACUGCUUUUUUCUUACAAGGGGAUUCUCUACCCUGCUGUUUUUUGCAGUCCUGAAGUAUUCAGAGCCAUGGAGUCCCUCGAAGCCAGAAGUGAUGAUAUCAUUUUGGCAGGAUACCCCAAAACGGGCACAAACUGGGUAGGUCAAAUCUUAAAUGAUCUGGUAGCCAUAUUUGAAAAGAAAACACAGAAUAAAGCAAGCAGUGUGAAUGCUGAAGAAGUAGAAGAAUUCCCCUACCUCGAAUUUGGAGACACUGGGAAAUAUGAGCGAAUGAACAAAUUACCUUCUCGAAGAGUUAUGUUUACUCAUCUCCUUCCUGAAAAUCUUCCCAGGUCAAUCUUCAAAAAUAAAGCCAAGAUAUUGUUGCUGAUUCGCAAUCCAAAAGAUGUAGCUACAUCUUUUUACCAUUUUACAAAUAACAUGUCUCCUCUUCCCUCCUAUGAGACCUGGGAUGAUUUCUUCACAGCUUUCAUGACGAAGAAAAUGCCCUGGGGAUGCUACUUCGAAUACCUUUCUGAAUGGAACAAAUAUGCUGCUGAUGAAAAUGUUAUGACAAUAACCUAUGAAGAGCUAAAAGAGAACACGGUCCUGGGUGUGAAAAACAUAGCUGCUUUCUUUGGGAUUUCUGUGACUGAGAAAGAACUUCAGAGCGUGGUAGAGAGGAGCAGCUUCCAGUCAAUGAAGACGAACUCGCAGAAGACCCAUGGGGCAUUUGGCAAUAUUCUCUUUCGCAAAGGUUGUAUAAGUGACUGGAAGAAUCUUUUCAGUGAAGAUCAGAAUAAGCAAAUGGACAAAGCAUUUGAAGAACAUGUCGGAGGAACUAAACUGGGAACAAAGUUAAAGUACGAAGUGUACUGCAAAGCCUGAAGAGGAAUGAAAAGUGGUUAGAGCAAGAGCUUUCCAACACACUCUCAGAUCGUCUGAAUGCUCUGUACUAGAAAACUAGAUCAAAUGAUCCAAGCACCUUAGAAUGACUUAGAAUCACGUUGCAGCGGCCUUUACAGUGACAAUGGUGAAUAGUGGGAGUUUGUCUUAAACGUGAGAUCUUUGGCUUGCUUUGGCUACACUCAUUUGCUGAAUAAGAUGGCAACUAACCAUAUUCAGAUAAACUUAACAGCCCUGUUUCAGCAGCUGCCACGUGGAAGAAAACUCCCCUUUUCUCUUUCUAGCCAAAUUCGGUCUUUCUAGACUACUUAUAAUUAUUUAGUGUGUAGAUUUUUGUUGUCGUUGCAAAAAAGUUUCAAAUCAGGGAACAUCUUCACAGAAAAGGUCACUAGCAAAAAUAUCUGACACAACCUUAAUUAAUGACAAAGGAUACCUUCCCCAUGACUUCAGCACAAACUGGAUCAACGCUAGAGGGAGGAGAAUGAAAGGGAGCAGGGAUCAGUAUUCUUAGGGAUUCUACUCUCUCUGAAUGCAGGAUUUCAGGAUGGAUUUCAGAUCCAGGGUUGGGGUUAACAGGCGAGAUCCACUCGGAGGCACUGCUUUCAUAGGAUCAUAGAACAGCCUGCAUUGGAAGGGACCUCAAAAGAUCAUCCGGUCCAACUUUUCAUGGGAAAGGGGGCCUAGAUGAGAUUAUUGCAUCCUGAAAUCCUCUGGCGAUAAGGACUCUACUACAUCCCUGGGAAAGUUGUUCCAGUGAGCGAGUGUUCUCACUGUAAAGAAUUUAUUUCUUAUACUGAGAUGAAAUCUCUCAUGGUGCAACUUGUACACAUUGCUCGUUGUCUUCUCCACGUGGCUUCUUAUGAAUAGUGACCCUCCGUCCUCCCCUUUAAGUACUGGAGUGCUGUGGUUAGGUCCCCCCUGAGUCUUCUUAUCUUUGGGGCUCCCCUUUGGACCCCCUCCUGUCUGUUUGUGUCUUUCUGGAAUUGUGACCAGAACUGGACGCAGUCCUCCAGGUGCAGCCUGUGAAGUGCCGAGUUAUUUAUAACCAUGAAUAAUUGUCUCUUUGUAUCACAAAAAUCCCAAAUAUUUUCUUUUUAAUAUCACAUAUAUUUGCACUUGCUCCACCAAAGACCAUGUUUCUAACUGUAUAAAGGUUAGUAAAAAGCAAAAUCAUGAA